CCGGCGCAGCUGCGGUCAUUUGCCGCUCUCUUGCCGCAGCGCGCCGCCCUGAGCGCAUUCCUGCUGCAGACUGAUCUCAGCGGACCACAGAAGCGUUCACAUUCCUCCGUGAAGCGCUGAACUGUCCCAAGCUUCGAGUUGUUUCGUGUGAGCGUUUUGUUUGUUUGUUUGUUUGUUUGUUUUGUUUUUACCUCGGUGUCAGCGGGCUCAUGACGCCUCAGCGGCAGUAACUGCUAGCCGUUAGCCGCAGGUGGACUGAGCGAGCGGACGGUGGUCGGGACUGACGGGUGGGAAACAAAUGGACCGCGGACGAAAAUCAGAGAGUGUAACGUUACCUGCUCGCUUUCAAGUGGUGUGACGAAGAGAUUGGAGUCUCGUUGCAGUGUGUAUUUUCCCCUCGGCCAUGGCGGGCUGUUGGCAGAUGUGCCGACGCACCUGUGCGUGCUGUCUGUCCGAGGACGAGAAGAGGAGCAUCGCCGUGGACAAAGAGAUCAAGAGGAUCCUCAAGCAGCAGAAGAAGAAGGAGAGAAGGGAAAUCAAAAUCCUGCUGCUGGGUACUGGGGAGAGCGGGAAAACCACCUUCAUCCGUCAGAUGAGGAUCAUCCACGGACGAGGCUUCUCAGAGGAGGAGAGGAAGACCUUCGCCAAAUGUAUCUUUCAGAACAUCUUCACAGCCAUGAAGGCCAUGACGGGAGCCAUGGCCGCGCUCAAAAUCCCCUACUCCAAUCCAGAGAACGAGAUCUACGCCAAGUGGCUACAGGACGUAAACACGGUGCAGAUCACGACUCUGGAGCGGGGCUACAUUGACGCAAUCCGUCGCCUGUGGGCAGACAUUGGGAUCCGGGUCUGUUAUAGUCGUCGCUGCGAGUACCAGCUCCUGGACUCCACAGAGUACUACAUGAAUAAUUUGGAUCGCAUCGCUGCCCCAGACUACAUCCCCACAGAACAGGACGUGCUGCGAGUUCGAUUCCCAACCACGGGUAUCCACGACUACUCCUUCACCAUCAAGACCAUCACACUGAGGAUUGUGGACGUGGGUGGUCAGAAGUCGGAGCGUCGGAAGUGGAUUCACUGUUUUGAAAACGUCACCUCGCUCAUCUUCCUGGCCUCCCUCAGUGAAUACGACCAGGUCCUGGAGGAGAGAGAAACCAUUAACCGGAUGCACGAGAGUCUGGCUCUGUUCUACACCACCAUUCACUCUCCAUGGUUCCUCAACACCUCCACCAUUCUCUUUCUCAACAAGACUGACAUCCUGGCUGACAAGAUCCAGACCUCUGACUUGCAGAAAUACUUCCCCAGCUUCACAGGUAAGAGGCGAGACCCCGAGGACGCCAAGAACUACAUUAGCAAGCUUUACGAGCAGCAAGCCAUCAACCGUGACAGGAGGGAGGAGCGAAAGACUCUGUACCCACACUUCACCUGCGCCACGGACACCAACAACAUCCGCAGGGUCUUCAGCGACGUCAAGGACACAGUGCUGCUUAAGUCACUCAGGGACUACGGGGUGAUCUGAACUUUGACUGGCUGAGUGAAGGACCUGAUGAAGGCCAGCAUUUAGUUGAUUUUUUUCCUUGCCUUUUUAAAUCCUGAACAAUCAGAUUGUCACCAAUCCCUUGUUCUUUGGAGCAGGUGCAGGAUGAAGGGACAGUUUGUACUCUUCUCUCUCCAUCAGCACAAUCACUAACACGCUCAGCCCUCCUCUUCCUCUUGAGGCAGAAAACGUGAGGACAUCGAGGGAUAUUCAGGAUCAUCCAACUCCUAAUCACAGAGCGAGACCCUGUAAUCAUCCUCAUUUCUUUCAAAAGCCUUUUCUCGCUUUUGUUUUUUGUUUUUUUUUUUCCUGUGAAAAGAUGAAGAAGUGUUUGGGUCAUGCAGUGACUAAAUUGAUCCAUAAUUGAAGCAGGAGCAGAGAUGCUAUGAAGUGCUGUGCUGCCAUUAACGGAGUAAUGAUUUUACAAUUGGAGACGGGGUCAUGCUUGGGUACACCACCCUGUCACACACGUUUUUAUAUGAAUCCAGGUACACUCAGUUGUAGGAGAUGCUCGCACACUGCAAACAGUUUCCAUUCUGUACCAAAUGUGGCUAUAAUGAGAUACUGCACCUUUAAUUUGAGACAUCCUGUAUCAGAGGACUUUCUCUCCGUGGAUGUCACAGAGUCUUUGAUUGUUUCACCUCAGAGUGACAAAAUCCCUAUCGAUUAAAUUUAUCUCACACUGGCCAUAGUUCUAACAUAUUAUCAUAUUCAAGACAUCUGUUCAGCACUGUCUUUAUCGAUUACCAUUGCGCGUAACGUUGCGUAACUGCCUCCUCCUUCUCAAGGUGCUGUCACAGCAGUAUGUGAUCACACCCUUACAUUAAACUCCAGUUGUUCACUGUUCCCCUCAGUCAGAACAAGCUGUGCGUCACUAACACAGAAUCACAACACAGUACAGAUUUAUUUUAUUUUACUGUUAACAAGUUUUGCAUAGGUUACAGAACUAUUUAAAUUAAUUUACUCCUCAAACAAAUAAAUAUCAUAGAUUGCAUUUGUCAAACACCAAUUAAAGUGUGCUGAGGAGGCAGAUAUGAUGUCUUUAGUAGUUUGGUGAUAGGAGGAUGCCGUCGUUGGCAUCCGUUUUGUUGAAGUGUGCUAAUGCGAAACAUCCGUUAAUAGUAUCCAAGAUGUUCAUCACUGAUGCCUCUCUGAUAGGAAAAGAUAAGCACAUGAAAGAGAUUUGGAUGGUUUAGGUCCAAACGUGAAAAGUUUUCAAAGCUACAAUGAUCAAUAUUGUUAGAUUAACAAUGGAUCACAUGACUACUUCAAUGCAACAGCAGAGAUGGCUCAUUAAUCUUGACAUAAACAAAACAAAACUCACCAAAACAGUCUUGGUUUGUCUUUUCAGGGUCAGACUCUGUCUUCUCAGAGACACUGGUUGUGCCUUCACAUCACUGGACUCAUUGUCCUGGUUAGAGCUGGUGUUAAUCACCUCCAUACUGUAUCUUCUGUUGUCAAACCGACCUUUUUCAGUCCCGGAGGCUGUGUUCAGCCCCAGUCUGGUGUCCAGCCAUGAUCACUGGGAGCCAGACAAGCUAGUUGAGGGGAACCCUGUUGCCUGCACUCCCUCCGUGAUCCAAGGCCGUGGUCUAGGCAGAAUUUAGUCAGCUAAAGGGCCGGUAAUUAAUUACCAAACGGAAGCUACUCCCUACAGCCAAGGAUAGCUACCCGUUAUAUUUGGAUAUAUGGAGCUACCAGGGGCCUGUUGAAAAGUACUGUACGCUACAUGCUCAGCAUAAAACAACAAAUAGAUGAGCGGAGCAUUAAGCAGCUCAAGAGCCAGAUAUUUCUCUCAGGAGAUGGUGGAGAUUCAAAAUAGAACUAAAACAAUAUUUUAUAUUGAGCUAAGAUUAACCAUAAUACCAACUAAAUGAAUGCCAAUUUUGUUCCAUAACUGAUGGAUGUCUAAACUGGUUGUUAACAGUUGGCCUUAUUAAAUAUUAAAGGUGAAUGAUGUUUCUGGACUCUAGAGCUUGUUUCCACUGCCCUGAAGUGCCAAAGAAAAUAAGCUAAAUCCAGCUGAAGUGUCUAAAUGUCUAUUUUUCAAUGUAAUCUGUCAGAUGUGCCUGUUUUGUAUUUUUCAACUCUCAGUUUCCAUACAGCAAUAAAGCCAAGAGCAGCUUUCGGACAGUCCGAGUUGAAGUUUUUAGCUAGCUGAGUCUGUAUUGACCUUGUAUAGAAGAUGCUGCACAACUAUCUUCAACAAUCUCCACUCAAUUCUCCUGUCAGCACAACGCAAUUAAGAGACUUAAUUAAAAUCAAUACGAUAAAUAUGAGCACAAAUCACAGUUUGGGGCUGACAGGUUGUUAAAGGUCACGAGUGAUUGGAACUGAGACUUGUUUGUCCUGCAAGAAAAACAGCUUGAUUCACACUGACGAAUUCAAAUCAGCGACGGUGAAAAGGCUCCGUCAGGCGAUCUGCUGGGUGAAGAUGAUUAAAAUGAGGUGACAGUGUGAAGUCUCUGUGCGUCCUGCAGUAUUUAUACCGGUGUGUGAAGAGGGGGAAUUUUAUAAUAUUGAUUAGAAGCGCGAGUCCUAUCCCUGUGUGCGUCAUUGAGUGUCGAGUGUGUGCUGAGUGGAAAAUUACAUUGAAAUUCAUUAAAUUAACUGACCGUGAUGUCUGAGCUAACAUUAGCUCACGAUGUGUCUGUUUUGGCUGCUGUGUUUUUUUUAACUGUACAUGAAGUGUUUUGAACUCUACACACUGCUACACUUUGCAUUCAGAUAUCGUAGCCUUAUUGUUUAAUCUUAUUGAUGCCUUUUAAACACAGAUGUAUCGUUUUACUGUAUAUUUACUGAUGACUCCUGUACCUUUGAUUGAUUUUUGUAUUGCUGCAUUUUUUUAUUAUUGUUUUCCAACAGCACAUAAACUGUGACUAGAGAGUG